AUGUCGAUGCCAUGGUGGCUAAGGAUAGCAUCAGCAUCCGGGAACCAGACAAACACCAAGUUCAAGGCAAAUUCCUUCCGCCAGGGUGUUGAAGAUUUCUACGAGGCGUCCAAAAUAGAGGAAACGGACUUUAUGCCACGCAAACUCGCAUUCUGCCAUGUCUUAGGGUGGCUCCCGUCGAAGGAAGUCCGAGCAGCCCAUCUUGUCCCCAAGAGCCUAGAUGAAAUAUCAGUUGCCCACUUAUUUGGGGCUGGGGCAGUUACUAUAGAUGACCCUAGAAAUAGUGAGUUUAUAACCCUUAUACUUCUCCCUGUCUUCGAUCAAUGGUAGUUAACGUACGCUAGGUCUCAUGCUUGAAAAGAACAUCGAAAUGGCAAUGAACAUGGGAAACGUAGUGGUUGUACCAGUGAAAGCACCAUCAGCCGCAGAUGAAACUAUCCAAUGGAAACUCGUCGUCACAGACCCAGCCCUACUCAAGCAUGUAGCUACCGGUGGAGCCAAGUAGAAUUUUCUGCAUGGCAAGACGUUGAC